GACCUCACACAUGCUAGGUAAGAAUUCUACCACUGACCUACACAUAACUCACUCCUUUUUAUGGAUAUGCAGUUGUAUUGUUUUGUAUUUUGGGCUGUUUGGAAUAAUUCUACACAUCCUCUGACUUUCUGUGUGGAUAUUGUUUUUAGGGUGUGGUCUUGUGUUUUGAGAACUGAGCAGAUCUUUCUGAAGUGGCUCCAGCAUAUUGAAUCCCACAGAUUAGGAAGGCCUGCUUCUCUAAUGCCUGGCAAACACCUGUUUUGCUUAUAUGCAUCUUAGUGGUAUCUCGUUUUGAUUUUUAUGGGUAACUCUUUUUAUAGUUGCUGUUGCAUGGAAGGAUGCUCUUUUCCUGAUAGAAGAUGAUAAUCUUGGAGAAUGACCAUGGAGAAGGGGAUGAGUUCUGGAGAAGGACUGCCUUCCCGAGCACUUCAGGCAUCCGCCGCUCAAGUCACAGUCAAGGAACCGGAAACAAGGCAGCCUUGUGAGGAGAAACGAGGGGGCUUUGUGCUGGUACAUGCAGGUGCAGGUUAUCAUUCAGAAUCCAAAGCCAAGGAAUAUAAACAUGUAUGCAAACGAGCUUGUCAGAAGGCAAUUGAGAAGCUGCAGGCUGGUGCUCUUGCGACAGAUGCAGUGACUGCAGCUCUGGUGGAGCUUGAGGAUUCUCCGUUUACAAAUGCAGGAAUGGGAUCUAAUCUGAAUCUCCUAGGAGAAAUCGAGUGUGAUGCCAGCAUAAUGGAUGGGAAAUCCUUGAAUUUUGGAGCAGUUGGAGCCUUGAGUGGAAUCAAGAACCCAGUCUCAGUUGCAAACAGACUCUUGUGUGAAGGGCAGAAGGGCAAGCUCUCUGCAGGCAGGAUUCCUCCCUGCUUUUUAGUUGGAGAAGGAGCCUACAGAUGGGCAGUGGAUCAUGGGAUACCCUCUUGCCCUCCUAGCAUCAUGACCACAAGAUUCAGCUUAGCUGCAUUUAAAAGGAACAAGAGAAAAUUAGAACUGGCAGAAAGGGUGGAAACAGACUUCAUCCAGCUAAAGAAAAGAAGACAAUCAAGUGCAAAGGAAAAUGACUCAGGCACCUUGGACACAGUGGGUGCUGUAGUGGUCGAUCAUGAAGGGAAUGUUGCUGCUGCUGUCUCCAGUGGAGGCUUGGCCUUGAAACAUCCAGGGAGAGUUGGGCAGGCUGCUCUUUAUGGAUGUGGCUGCUGGGCUGAAAAUACUGGAGCUCAUAACCCCUACUCCACAGCUGUGAGUACCUCAGGAUGUGGAGAGCAUCUUGUGCGCACCAUAUUGGCUAGAGAAUGUUCACACGCUUUACAAGCUGAAGAUGCUCACCAAGCUCUGUUGGAGACUAUGCAAAACAAGUUCAUCAGUUCACCUUUCCUUGCCAGUGAGGAUGGCGUGCUCGGUGGAGUGAUCGUUCUCCGGUCAUGCAGAUGUUCUUCAGAGUCUGACUCCUCCCCAAAUAAGCAGUCGCUUCUAGUGGAAUUUCUGUGGAGCCACACUACAGAGAGCAUGUGCGUAGGAUAUAUGUCAGCCCAGGAUGGAAAAGCCAAGACUCACAUUUCAAGACUCCCUCCUGGUGCUGUGGCAGGACAGUCGGUUGCCAUCGAAGGUGGAGUGUGCCGCCUGGAGAGCCCAGUGAACUGACUCCGGGCUGAAUGUGAAGUGUCUGAGAGGCAUUUCAAAACCUGAGCUUUGGACUAUUUAAUUGAACUUGGGUGUUUUAUCUUCCUUGUUUUGUAAUUCCUAUUGCAACCUCGGGCACUGCUUGGGACACAAGUGCUGCUAUACUUAGUGCUGGUUGACACUCAAGUCUUUGAUGGGUGAACGGGAGCAUGUGUGGAUGUGUAUCUGUAUGCAGUUUGUGUGCUUGCUUCUCCCUGACGGGACAGGAUCUCCUCAAGUGUAACCUAUGACUGAGAAUGAUCAAAUCUUUACAAAAUGUGUGCUUUAACUGUUUACAAGUAAAACUUAAAGUUGUAGAAAACUUUAAUUUCAUAAAAAGGUACCAACUGUGGUUGAUACAAUGUGUCUGAACUGAAGAGUGAAUCUCCUUGUUUAAAUGACUUGACCUUCAUUGUGGUCCAUUUAAUAAGAGUAAUCAAUAAUAUGGUGUCAGUUUAAGUGGUUGGUGUGGUAACUUAAACUGUGUUCUCAUCCCUCAUACAGGGCAUUUUUCCUUGAACAAAGAAUGGUUUCAGUGAAACAGUCUAGUGGAGAAUUAAGGUCAGAACCUUUUAAAGUAAUAGUCUUAUUGAUAAAGUUUGUGCUUCUUUCCUGAGCUAUUUGAAGCUUAAGUAUUGCAUAGCUUUGCGCCGUGUGCACUGUACUAUGAAAGGAUAUGUAAAGAGAAUGUUCAGUAAUGCAGUCUUAAUUUGUGUAUAAUGGAAUGUUAUUUACAAUGUAACACUGUAAAUAAGAAUGCAAAGUUUAUGGGGAAAAUUCAAUAUCUUUGUUUCUUGUUUAAAUAUAUUUUUAAGAUAAAGGUACAAAAAUAAAAGCAUAUUACUGGG